AUGAAAAUUGUUUUAUUUUUUGCCGUUGCACUUGUUGCAACAAUGGCUGAAGCCAAAAUUUUCACAAGGUGCGGACUUGCUCAAGAGUUAUUAAAACAAGGGUUCCCUAAAACUAAAUUGGAUCAUUGGGUAUGCUUGGUGGAAGCUGAAAGCUCCCGCAACACCGCUGCUGUUGGUCCAGCAAACAGCAACGGAUCCCGCGACUACGGACUUUUCCAAAUCAACAAUAAAUAUUGGUGCUCAAAUGGUGUUGCUGGAAAAGAUUGCAACGUCAAAUGCGAAGAUCUGACCACCAACGAUAUUACCAAGGCCUCCAAAUGCGCUAAAUUGAUCUACCAACGUCAUGGCUUCACAGCUUGGUACGGAUGGCAAGCCAAGUGCCAAACUACCCGCCCCAACCUCAGCUCCUGUUUCUAA